UUGCUCGAGGCCCGAGGCCCGGAGACCGGCUGCCGCCCCUGGCCCGGGCCUCCCAGGGGACUAGCGAGAGCGCGGGGGGCUCGGCGCUGGUCCCCAGGGCGGACGCCCUAACGCCCGCGUGUCCCCCCAGGCACCCGGGUGUACAGCCCCCCCGAGUGGAUCCGCUACCACCGUUACCACGGGCGCUCGGCCACGGUGUGGUCUCUGGGCGUGCUGCUCUACGAUAUGGUGUGUGGGGACAUCCCCUUCGAGCAGGACGAGGAGAUCCUCCGAGGCCGCCUUUUUUUCCGGAGGAGGGUCUCCCCAGAGUGUCAGCAGCUCAUUCAGUGGUGUCUGUCCCUGCGGCCCUCGGAGCGGCCCUCGCUGGACCAGAUCGCUGCGCACCCCUGGAUGCUGGGGGCCGAGGGGGGCCCUGCGGAGAGCUGUGACCUGCGGCUCUGCGCUCUGGAUGUGGACGACGGGGCCAGCACCACGUCCAGCAGUGAGAGCUUGUGAGGAGGAGCCCGGGCCUGGCUUGUGGGAGCCGGAGGGAGCGACCCCGCCUGGGCUGUUUCUUGCAAAAGCAGUGACCUCUGACUCCCGGUGACCUUUGCCUUUGGCACCGGGCUGUUUUCUUUGCUUUGAGUGCCUUUUCGAACGCUGCUCUCACGGGACUUGGUCUUCUCAAGCUCUGUCUGUCCAAAGACGCUCGGGUCGACGUGAGGUCCGGCCUGGGCCGGGCAGGUGCGCGACCCUGAGACUGUCCCUGUCCUGCGCUGCUCUGGGAGGCAGCCGUCCCGGCCCUCAGCGCCUCCCCGGUCGGACCAUGUUGGACCAGGAGCAUGUCCUGUGGCCUCAUGUCACCGGGGGCUCGGGCUCCCUUGUGCCCACCCCCCGCUCCCGCCCGCCGCCGGUGUUCGUCCGGGCAGGUCUGUGCACAAGCAAUGCAACGUCGAGGCUCGCUGCCUGAGCGCGCGCCUGCAGGCGGGGUGUGCGUGCGCGCGCACGUCUAUUUAUGGUCUGACCCUGAGGAGGGCUAUUUAUUGUUUAAUUUAUUUGGGGAGUUCCCUCCUGCCUGCGCCCCCGCCUUCUUCAGGCCCCGGAGUGGGGGGCGUGGCUGUGUGCGCGGACCCCAGGUCCUGAUCCUACCUGCGUCUGUCGGAAGAUGGACUUGUACAGUGGCUAAUUUAAGGGGCGAGGGAGACUCUGUCCCCUGUGGCUCUAUGCCUCUGGGGGAGCGGGGUGGGGGUGGGUUUUAAAUUAUUGACCUUGUACAGUCUGCUUGUUGGCUCUGGAGGCCGGGGGGUGGGGGGACAGAGUCUCAAGCCUUUAAUUUAUGGUAGUAGCUGUGUUUCUGUGAUCCCGGUGUGCGUAGGCAUCGAGGAUGGGGGUUUCUUUCAGUUCAAAAGUGAGAUGUCUGGAGAUCAUAUUUUUUAUACAGGUAUUUCAAUUAAAUUGUUUUGUAUAUAACA